CGGUGCUACUGAGUUCUCUGGGAAGGUUGAUCCAUUGGAGGCACUUGAAUGGAUAUUGAAUAUUGAGAAGGUAUUUCGUAUCACCCGAGUGCUAUGUGAUGAUAAAAUGAAUUAUGCCACGACUAUGUUCCAAAGUAGGGCCUUGAUAUGGUGGAAUGCUACUUUUGCAGCUUUAGGUGAAACUAAAAAAGAAGGUAUGCCUUGGGAGUCUUUCAAAACUCGUUUUAACAAGCAGUAUUGUCCAAUUGAUCUACAAAAACGAUUGGAGAAGGAGUUUCUUGAUCUUAAUCAAGGAAAGAUGACAGUGGUGGACUACGAGACCGAGUUCAAUCAUAAAGCACAGUUUACCACACGUUUCUUGACUACAGAACAAGAAUUGCGAUCAGAGAUUCGAGAUGUCGUCGCCAAUCGUGAUAUUUCAGAGUUUGAGAAAGCGGUGGAAUCUGCAGGAUGGUGCGAACAUGAUUUGACCCGCUCGGAUCGUAAUCCAGCUCCACCAGCCAAGCGACCUCGAAUUGAAGGUGCCAUAUCUGCACCAACACAGCACUUUUCUAGGAAUUUCAAUCCGAGAUACGCUCAAUCCCAAGCUAGAUCACGACCUCAAUCUUGGUCCCAAGCUUAUAGCCUUCAGUCAAAUGCUCCUCCACCCUGUUCUGUUUGCGGUAAGGUUCAUCGAGGCCGAUGCAACACUGUUCGCCCUGAAGAAAGUAAGGCUUCUGUUCGCCGACCUUCUACUAGUGGUGCUGCUUGUCAAAAGGAGGAGGUAUCGCGCGUCCAGGCCAGAGCUUUUCAAAUCACUACCGAGGAAGCUCGAGGUAAACCUAAUGUGGUUAUGGGUAUAUUUCUCGUUAAUUCUCAUCCCGCUCGUAUCUUAUUUGAUUCUGGUGCUACUAAUUUAUUCGUUUCUCAUAUGUUUGCUCGAUGUUUAAACUUUGUGCCAUAUGUGCUUGCUAAAUCUUUUUACGUUGACACUGCUGAUGGCACAUCUAUGCUAGCUGAUAAAGUUUACAAAGAUUGUGUGUUGCAAUUAGAUGAGCAUGAGUUUUGUUAUGUAUUUCCCGAGGACUUACCCGGUUUACCUCCUGAUAGACAAGUUGAAUUUCGAAUUGACUUAAUUCCUGAUGCAACGCCGAUUGCUAGGAUGCCAUAUCGUCUGGCUCCGGCUGAAAUGAAAGAAAUGAACAAUCAACUGCAAGAACUUCUCGAUAAAGGUCAUACGAUUUCUUGUGACGGUGUGUCGGUUGACCCGUCCAAAGUUGAAGCUGUAAAAAAAUGGGAGCAACCUAAGAAUGCAUCUAAGAUUCGUAGUUUUCUUGGACUCGCGGGUUAUUAUAGACAAUUCAUACGAGAUUUCUCUAAAAUUUUCGUGCCUUUAACUUUGUUGACCCGGAAAGAUGUCAAGUUCGAAUGGGGUGAAGCUCAAGAGAAUGCUUUUCAGGUGUUAAAGCUUUGUUUGUCAAAUGCUUCUGUUCUAGCUUUACCAGAAGGUAGUGACGACUUGGUAGUUUACAGCGAUGCUUCUAAACUGGAUCUCAGUUGUGUUCUUAUGCAGUGA